AUGUUUCUCAAAACGUAUGGAGUCAAGCAAUUGAAAACCCAUCGUAGGUGGCGAAACGGUUUCCUCCAAGCAAUCCUUCUAGUGUCGUUGACAUGCGUGUUUGCAACUUAUUCUUGCUCAUAUCUACGAAUUCCAUUGGAAGACGAAGAUAUUUAUGAUCGUCUUCCGGACUGGGCAUUCAAUGUACUCAAAGACAAAAUUUGGAUUUUGAAGACUGAGCUAGAAGAGCUGGAUACUCAGAUGAAAAUCCCAUUCUACUUGCGGGAUCAAAAGCUGCCCAAGCCUCCUAAAGCGCCCUUCGACCCGCGCUUGACUUUGGCAUUCUACUACGAUUACAUCUCCAAUAAUGCCGAUUCCAUCCAUUCAAUAGGCCUACCGUUUCAUUGGGCAGAUUGGGUAGAUAUGCCAGUAAUUGACGAUUACAUUCUCGACGAUGAGCUCAGCAAAACCACAUGUGAGAUGUUAGAUCAACGCCGGCUCGUACGUCAGCUGUGCAUCAAUCCUUUCAAGCCCGAAUGCUACGGCGCAAAAGAUCCCAAUGAAUUCUGUCGAGAUGUCUCCUCUAAUGUUACUGGUUUGGGCUUUGAAAUUAAUGCCUUUCCAGGUAGACUGACUCUCGAAUCAGCUGUUCUAUUCGGCAGAAAUUAUUUAUACACUCUGGCACCAAACCCUACGUCAAUUGUCUUCUUAACAUCAGAUGGUUCCUACCAUUACCCGGUGGAGACACAAAAAGAAAGUCUUCUUACGGGCAAAAUAGUUCCACAAUUUUUCGAACGCAACCCUGGAGCAAGAUACAUCAAUACGUUGGAGACUUUCAACGAAUUGCAGGAGACUGUCAGUCAAUCUACUGUCACUCCGUUCGCUCCCUAUCAGAAAACCUUAGAACAUAGUGACUUCACAAUUACUGCUUCUGAAGAACUUAGUCGUUUGGAAUUGAAACGUCAAGAAGUCCCAUUGAAUCGCCACGAAGAAAUGUUCUUGGAUGGCCUCAAAAUCUCUAUCAGUACGGAGCUGGCUCCAGAUAAAUACUUUUAUGAGGCUCAAGUCUUUGAUACCAACGAAUGUGCGCAUUAUGACUGGCGAUUCUUUUCUGGAUUCAAAAGCGCCAACAAAUCCUCGGCAAACUCCUUUAGUAGGUUGUUGCGCACUUGGUUAUCUUUUACCCGGAAGCACGGCCUUAAUACCUGGCUAGCUCAUGGAACCCUCUUGGCUUGGCAUUUUAAUGGAAUGGUGUUUCCUUGGGAUGAUGACGCCGAUGUGCAAAUGCCUAUCAAAGAUCUUCAAGAGCUAGCACUCCGUUUCAAUCAAUCUCUCAUCGUCGAAAACGGCGAAGAAGGUUUCGGUCGCUACUUCCUUGACUGUGGUACAUUCAUUACAUCCAGAGAGAGUACCAAUGGUAACAAUAACAUUGACGCUCGCUUCAUUGAUGUCGACACUGGUCUGUACAUUGAUAUUACUGGGUUGGCAGUCAGUCAUGAAAAGGCACAAGAUCGAUUCCAAAAAGAUGUUGCAAGUGUAUGGUUUGAAGAUACUAUGAAAGAUGCUAACACCGCUUUACAACUCUACAAUUGUCGAAACAGGCAUUUCGCGCGCCUAUCAGAGCUUUCACCAUUGAGAAAGACCUACUUCGAGGGAGAAGUCGCAUACAUCCCAAGCCAAUAUCAAACUCUUCUUACCAAUGAGUACAAUGAGAAGGCACUAACAGACUAUCACUAUGGUGGUGUUGUUUUUGUUGAGCAGUUGCGCUCAUGGACAUCAGAGGAUCACCUUCGCUUUUUUUUGCGCUUUCCAAAGGAGUGGGAUAUGUAUUAUGGGCCAGAUAGAGAACAUACAAGGAAGCUAAUGCCUCCAGUAGUUUUCCAGGCAGGUCUCACAGACCAAGAAGUUGAAACAAUUCUUAACUUCAAUGAGACAAACAUCACUGAAUUGUUGCAUCAGGAUGAGUUACUUCUCGAAUAUGCACUGACGAAAGAGUUAACCGGGUUACAUGCAGAAGAAAUAGAAGCAUAUGCUUGCCAAAAAUCAACUGAAGCAUUUUUACGGCAGUACCGAGAUUUCCCGCCUCAUCGUGUUGAGCCUUUCCUUAAUCGCAUGCGUCUCUCGAAAGAGACCUUCAAAACAAGAGUACAGAAGUUCCAGAAGAAAUUCCUGAGCUCCUCGUACUUUUCCUUCCCAUUUACCCUGUAA